GAUGACGCGCCUCGCCCUGAGGCGGGGGUCGUCAGGGCGGCCACACCCCGAGGGCCCAGUUCAGGAGGGGCAGUGUCUCCGACCUGGGGGGUCGGGGGUAGGGUGGGGGAGACACGCCGCAGGAGCCCCGCCUGAGACGACCCCGGAGCCCCGAAGUCCUGGGUCCUACCGGCCCACGGUUGAGCCGUUGCUAAGUGACGCCAGCGCGCAAAGCGCGUGCGCGGCCACGGCGGUGUGCGUGAAGGCGGGCGCGCGCCGCGACGGCGGCGGCGAGGAAGGCGGCGGCGGCGGCGGUCGAGGGGGCGGCGGCCACGAGGCGGGGUCGCCGCUGGCGGAGGAGACGCGGGUGGCAGCGGCGGCGUCUAGGUCGCUGAGGAACAUCGUCGGGGUCAGUGACUAUCAUCUAUUUCACACGAUGAGUAACAGCCACCCUCUUCGCCCCUUUACUGCAGUGGGGGAAAUCGAUCAUGUGCACAUUUUGUCUGAGCAUAUUGGUGCCUUGUUGAUUGGUGAAGAAUAUGGUGACGUCACGUUUGUUGUGGACAAGAAGCGCUUUCCUGCCCACAGGGUAAUUUUAGCAGCUAGGUGCCAAUAUUUUCGAGCAUUACUGUAUGGUGGGAUGCGAGAGUCGCAGCCUGAAGCAGAGAUCCCUCUUCAAGACACCACAGCUGAGGCCUUCACAAUGCUCCUCAGAUACAUCUACACGGGGCGAGCGACGCUGACUGAUGAGAAGGAGGAGGUGUUGCUGGACUUUCUGAGCCUGGCUCACAAAUAUGGAUUUCCAGAGCUAGAGGAUUCUACCUCCGAGUAUCUCUGCACCAUACUGAACAUUCAGAAUGUCUGUAUGACUUUUGACGUUGCCAGUCUCUACUCGCUUCCUAAGUUAACUUGUAUGUGUUGCAUGUUCAUGGACAGAAAUGCUCAGGAGGUGCUGGCCAGCGACGGGUUCCUCUCCCUGUCCAAGGCAGCACUCCUGAACAUCGUCUUAAGAGAUUCAUUUGCUGCUCCUGAGAAAGAUAUCUUCUUAGCCUUGUUAAACUGGUGUAAGCACAAUGCAAAAGAGAAUCAUGCUGAAAUCAUGCAGGCCGUGCGCUUGCCUCUAAUGAGCCUCACUGAGCUUCUGAACGUGGUGAGGCCAUCAGGACUCCUGUCUCCCGAUGCUAUUCUCGAUGCCAUCAAAGUGCGCUCGGAGAGCCGGGAUAUGGACCUCAACUACAGAGGCAUGCUCAUACCUGAAGAAAACAUUGCAACUAUGAAGUACGGGGCCCAGGUUGUGAAAGGAGAGCUGAAGUCGGCCUUGCUGGAUGGUGACACCCAAAACUAUGACUUGGAUCAUGGCUUUUCCCGGCACCCCAUCGAUGAUGACUGCCGCUCCGGCAUUGAGAUCAAGCUUGGCCAGCCAUCCAUUAUAAACCACAUUCGUCUACUCCUAUGGGACCGUGACAGCCGCUCUUAUUCCUACUUUAUUGAAGUGUCCAUGGAUGAACUUGAUUGGAUCAGAGUGAUAGAUCAUUCACAUUACCUGUGUCGGUCUUGGCAAAAGUUGUAUUUCCCAGCCCGUGUCUGCAGGUAUAUCCGAAUAGUUGGGACUCACAACACAGUGAACAAGAUUUUCCACAUUGUGGCUUUCGAAUGCAUGUUUACAAACAAAGCCUUCACCCUGGAGAAAGGCCUGAUAGUUCCCAUGGAGAAUGUGGCAACGAUUGCUGACUGUGCCAGUGUGAUUGAAGGAGUCAGUCGGAGCCGGAAUGCCUUGCUGAAUGGGGACACGAAGAAUUAUGACUGGGACUCUGGCUACACGUGCCACCAGCUGGGAAGCGGGGCCAUUGUGGUUCAGCUGGCACAGCCAUACAUGAUUGGCUCAAUACGGUUAUUACUCUGGGACUGCGAUGAUCGAAGCUACAGCUACUACGUUGAGGUUUCCACCAACCAGCAGCAGUGGACCAUGGUGGCCGACAGAACAAAAGUGUCCUGCAAGUCCUGGCAGUCCGUCACUUUUGAAAGACAGCCUGCAUCCUUCAUCCGAAUCGUCGGGACACACAACACAGCAAAUGAGGUGUUCCACUGUGUCCACUUUGAGUGUCCGGAGCAGCAGAGCAGCCAGAAGGAGGACACCAGUGAGGAGCCAGGGACAGGGGACCUCAACACCCCUGCUCAGCAGCUCGACCCUCACACACCGCGGGCACCCAGCGCCAGCUCACUACCGCCGAGUCCGGGCCCCAACUCACACUCACCCAACCAACAGAACCAAUAAAACAGGCAGAGGAUGUAGCGCGACUCUGGUGGGCCUGGAUGGAGCAGCGUCCUCCCCCGUCCCUGGGAGGAAUAGGCCUGGCUGCAGAACCCACUCCAACCAGGUUUUUUCCAUCCGGGGACUGAAGGGUGCCUGUGUUCUCCCCGUUCCUCAGGCAGUCUCCAGGGGGAGGAAGUGGGUCUCGAUUCUUCAAGCCCACCAUCAACCCCUACCUCUAAUCUAACCCAGGUACCAGUACUGAAGGAAUCUACAACAGGCCCAAGCUGGCAUGAAUUUAAAAAAAAAAAAAAAAAAAAAAAAAAGGUACCCCAGGCCUUGACAGAACCAGAAGAGAGCUCACCCUCCAGCCUGGAGGCCCCCGCUCCGAGUGUCCCCUCUGCACUCGCCACUUGAUGGUUUGUAGUUCUAUAGGUCUUCUCCACCAGCUAAGUCAGGGUGUUGAAGGCCUGUGGAUUGCUCUGGCCCCUUACAAAGGUCUUCCUCAGUCUCCGAUGCUUGCCCACGGGCAGAGCAAAAGCUUGUCCCUCCUAAAAGAGACCAGAUGUAGCCAUCAUGGCACCCAGCCUGCCAAGGAAAAUCUUUGAAGUUCAACCAGACACACGAUGUGCAGAUCAGUCUGUGGACACUGGAGUCAAUAAAUGAUCGGAUUGCCGCCCUGCUAACCUGUUCCUGAUGCUCACCUGGGAGGAAGCAGUUACGCCAGCUGCUGAGAACCGACCCGAAACCCAUGCCAACAGACACUUGCCCAGUCCGAGGCUGACCCUUCUGGGCCUCGUGGUUCAGCUGCCCUUGGACUUGGAUCAGCCAACAGCUGGUGUGUCAGGAGCCUGGGACUAACAUCAAGUCUCCCAUACCGAGUCAUCCACCUGGGAUUGCAAAGAGCAGGUCUCAGGCACUUCCCGUUUUGACCACUACAGCUCCACCGGUCCCUCUGUCCCUCCUGUGGCUUCCAUGAACAGCUCCAGCCUCUGCGCCUCUGUGCUCCAUCCCAAGGCCCCAUGUCCUGUUCGCAUGCUCGGAGGACGACAGGGCUUCAGGUCUAGUCCAGUCCUAGAAGUGAAAGGAUGGGUCAGCCAGCUUUCUGAGUUUUCAUUGGAAUGGCUGGUCCACAGGGAAGAGACCUCAGCUACAAUGCGGGCCAUCUUCCUGUGAGUUCAGGCCUAGGAUGGCACAGCUGGUGCCCAGGGGGAUGAGUCAAGUCUGAACCUCUGGCUUCAUUUUGCUGUGUGGUGUGGCUGCCUUUGGUAAGGAGAGCUCUUGGUUCAGAGACCCAUGGAUGGAUGGCAGGGCUCAUUAUUGAGUGUGGGGCGCUGCCUUUGGCAGCAUCCAGCCCAGAGUUGCCAGUAUCUCUAGCAAGCAGUACUCCCUGCCAGUGCACAAGGGACCCCAGUCCUGUGAGGGAUGGAAGAUAAGUGUCACAGCUUGUUAGUUUUGUUGGUCAUUUGCUUAAGGUAGCCCCUCCUUCUGUAGCCCAGGUUAGCCACACUCGUGGCAGUCCUCCUACGUCAGCACCCUGAGUUCUGAGCCUAUAGGUAUGAGAUAGCACAUGCUGCCACGGAACAUUUAAAGACAGAAGACACGAUGCAGGCCCAGGCCUGGGACCCAGCGGCUUCCCUGGGGCUGUGGGUCUGAGCUGGCAAGGAGCCCCUGGUGUCCACCCCAGAUGUCACCACACACACCCGUCAUGCUAGGCGCUCAUUUCCCGUCUGGCUAGCCCAGACUGUCAUCCAAGACCCAUGCCUUGUGGCUUCCUUUCUGCCUUCAGACCCCCACCAUCCAACCCCCAAUGAUUGUGCAUUCAGGUUCUAAGACCAUAGAGGCUGCUUACCUUUAGUGUGUGCGCUGCCGUGGUGUCCUCAGAAACGCAGGAGGGGAGAUGGGACAGAAAAGUCACCGGUGCAGGGGGUGGGGGGUUCAGAGACAAGCCCUCAGUCACCUGGGCUGGGUCCCAGGCUGCCCUUGGGACACCUUUCUUGGAUUGACACCUCUCAGGAUGCACGAGGACACACCUCCCACUAGACACAGGAGUGUACCUACCCUUGGCUGAUGGGCAUAUGCCGAGAUGCCACUGCCAAGGGUGUCCUGGCCACAUCUAAGGUAAGAUCCCUGUCUCCAGGGGACAUAGGUGAGCUAGAGCCUGCCUUGUCCCCUGCAGGAUUAUCUCCUGAGCCAACAAACUGCAAGUGUGGGCUGAGCAGAAGUGCUGACACUCGUGCACCAAGGAGCCCUGGCACCGUGCGAGGUGAUGCUGACUCGAAGGACCCUUUAGGUGCUGGGAAGGGCCACAAUCAAGCUCUAAGGGUCUGAAGCAAUGUGAACUGUGGCUCCCUCAGCCCUGCCCUUGCUCCUAAGGACAAGUGUGAAUGUGACCCCCGUGGGCUCAGCUUGGAGGUGUGGCUCCCACCUGAUGCCUUGUGCCAGCUUUGGAAUGGCACCUGCUUCCAGGCAGAGCCUCCUGCCCUUUGAUCAUGUUCUUUAGUAUGGCAGACGUCAUCACUGGGGCUCUGAGAAGUAUUCAGUCUCACCCAUAGGGACUCCCAGGUAACAAUUAGGGUGCUGGACAGGGAGAUUUCGGGGCUAUGGGGUGGGUUCAGGGUUUCCUAAACCCUCGGUACUUCUGAUCUUAGUGGGGCCGCAAGCCCAUGGUAGAUGUGGGUCCUUCUCAAUGGCUCUUCCAGCUGUCACUUUUCCAGUCUUAUUAAAUGAAGUGUUGAUUCCUGA